GGCCUUCCAAUAUGGCUGCGCCCGUGGGAAGCAAGGUUGUAAUGUAGUGCCGCGUCUCCAUGGUUUUCUGAGCACGCAUGGAUCGUGGGGAUUUCUGGGUCUCCCUUGUGGCUGGCGGGCUGGCUGGUGUGUGUGUGGACCUGACAUUAUUUCCUUUGGAUACAGUCAAAACUAGACUGCAGAGUCCCCAAGGAUUUAGAAAGGCUGGUGGCUUCCGUGGCAUUUAUGCUGGAGUUCCUUCUGCUGCUGUAGGAUCUUUUCCAAAUGCUGCUGCCUUUUUUGUCACUUAUGAAUAUACAAAAGCUGUCCUGCACACAGAUGCCUCUCCAUAUUUAGCUCCAAUUAUUCACAUGAUGGCUGCCUCCUUUGGAGAAGUAGUUGCUUGUCUAAUACGAGUUCCUGCUGAAGUUGUGAAACAAAGAGCACAAGUGUCCCCAUCUUCCAGUACCUUACGGAUCCUUUCCCAAACCGUCUAUGAAGAGGGUAUCCUAGGACUCUACCGAGGUUAUAAAAGCACAGUAUUGAGAGAGAUUCCAUUCUCUCUUGUACAGUUUCCUGUUUGGGAAUCUUUAAAGGAACUUUGGUCAUGGAAGCAAGGACACGUGGUGGAUUCUUGGCAGUCGGCAGUCUGUGGAGCAUUUGCAGGUGGAUUUGCAGCUGCAGUGACCACUCCUCUGGAUGUAGCCAAGACAAGAAUUAUGUUGGCAAAGACUGGCUCCAGAACCGCAAGUGGGAAUGUGUUAUCAGCUCUUCAAGGUGUUUGGAGAACUCAAGGGAUAUCUGGCUUGUUUGCCGGCGUCGUCCCUCGAAUCUCUUCUAUCAGCCUUGGAGGUUUUAUCUUUCUUGGGAUGUAUGACAAGAUCCGAAGCUUGCUUUUGUGAUUUUGGUCGAGAGGAAUAGCUGUGGAGCCACUAUCCCAACAACUCCCUCCUUAAUUCUAAGAAGAAGAAAAACAUACAUUCAAAAAAGUUAUUCCUUUACUUCCCACGUGUUUCUGCUCCCCCCCCCCCCAAUUUCUCCCUUCCCCUUCUUCUCCCUCCCAUUCCUGCCUCCCGUGGCUCAGCAGCUGUUCAGCAGCCUGGACUUCAUGCUCUCUAUUUAAACAAGAACAAGAAAUCCCAUAAUUCCAUUUCCUGAACAAAAAAGUCCAUGUAUGGAGAGUCCUUCUAUGGUGAUGAGCUCAUGGAGAAGAGUCUGCCAAGAAAUUCAGCUUUGGGGGGCAAAGAACCCACUUAGGGGCUCCAGCCAAGGGACUGGAAAGCAUUAUUAUUAGCAGUCACUUUAGGGAGCGUGAUGUGCAAAUGACAGCUUGGGUCUCCAUAGCAUAACAGCCACACAUAGUCAUCAUAGAAAUGGCAUCAGAGCCACCCCAGAGAAGAAAACAGCAUAGUUAAGGUGACUGAAGACUUGCCAUGCUCUGGAGGACAGACGGAAGAAGCAACAAGGGUUUUUUUUUACUUUUAAAAUGUAUAGAAGGGGAAAAACCCAUUUGUUUCUUUUUUUUUUGAAACCCACUUGGAAAAUCUAGACCACUGUUCAUACCUACAGGUGCAUAGCCAGCAUUCUUGCUUGGAUAAGCAAGACUGCCUUUUUUAAUUAGACUCGAAUUUCUUUAGUACUGAUUGAGUACAAUGUUGUAUUAUUUUACCACCUAACAAGGUUGCCUAUGAAAAAAAAAGAGCAAGCUUGGGGUUUCUUUUUCCCCCCUUUCCCAUCCUUCGCCUCCAAAGAAUCAGUCUGGCAGGAGGUGAAGAAAAAAAAUGAAGAUAACAGAGAAGGGGGAAGAACUGACGAAGGGUGAGAGAGGACAAGAAGAUGCCAUCUCCUGCAGGGGGCACAAUUCCUCUUCUCCAGGGACAGUCACAAAAAUGAGUGAUCUUGCUGGAGAGGCAGAAUGGGAUAGUGAUGGACCACAACGUGCUGAGUCCAAAGAGAUCACACCACACAGGGGCAAGGUGGCUUCAGUGACUGAAGGACACUCACAAAUCCUGAAAGAGGGUCAAAGUCAAAGGGUCGUAAUGUUUUGAUUGCAUGCCACCAUCUGGGCUAUUUUGAGCUGUAUCUCGACUCCAAUAUAUGAACUUGACUGCCAUGAUGGCUCACCCCAAAGAGCUAUUCACCCUAGAUUACUUUUGUCUACUUGGGUUUUGCCUGAUGGGUAUACUUCCAAACCAAGCAUUGGGUUGUUGCCAUUCCGUGAGCCGUGGGAAACGCAGUGGUUAGAAUGCAGUACUGCAUGCUACUUCUGAUUGCCGAUGGCCAGCAGUUUGGCAGUUCAAUCCUCACCAGCUUAAGGUUGACUCAGCCUUCCAUCCUUCUGAGGUUAGGUAAAAUGAGGACCCAGAUUGUUGGGGAAAUAUGUUGACUCUGUAAACUGCUUAGAGAGGGCUGUAAAGCACUGCGAAGCGGUAUAUAUGUGCUAUUGCUAUUCACUGUUUGUAUUUUCAAAGAAUACCUAUAUAGGGCCUUUGUAGGCACCCAAACCAAAAAUGUUUGUAUUUCAUUGUGCAGCAGGCUAGCUCCAAUUAGCUGCUUCAAUUAAAAGAAUCUAAAACAUAACCCUGGAGGAGCAGAGAACCUGGCAUAAAUAAGAAAAAUGCCCAUUGGCAUUUUUUUUUUUUUGCUUUUUCAGAAUCCAGCAAUUUUGAAAGUCCUGUGCUGACCUCAUGCAGAAUUUGAAUGUUUUCCCUUCAGAGUUGCAGCUUAAUCUGUUGUAAAGUUUAACUCCCUGAAAACACAAUCCUAUAUUUUUUUUUUCCUGAAGUAGGCACUGUUUAACUCACACCAAGCUUAUUUCCAGCCCAGGUGUUGCAGAAUUGGACAUAAAAUGGAGAUAUGAGACAGGGUUGGUUUUUUUUUGCUCAAAGGAACCAACUAAUUUAUUGGAUUUGGUGUAAAUUUCUUGUCAUUCAAAUGACGUCUCCUUCAAGCUAAGCUCAAUUCCAGAUGACAUACAGGGGCACAGUUUUCUGUUAAUGGGUAGCCAUUGCAAUCUUCCAAAAUAACACUU